AUGCCGGACCAGAUCUCCGUGUCGGAAUUCGUGUCCGAGACCAAUGAGGAUUACAAGUCGCCCACCGCCUCCAACUUCACCACCCGGCUGGCGCAGUGCCGGAACACCGUGGCCGCCAUCGAGGAGGCACUGGAUGUUGACAGAACUGUGCUUUAUAAAAUGAAGAAAUCUGUGAAAGCAAUAAAUAUAUCUGGUUUAGCUCAUGUGGAAAAUGAAGAGCAGUACACUCAAGCUUUGGAGAAAUUUGGAGGCAAUUGCGUCUGUAGGGAUGAUCCAGACUUAGGAACAGCCUUUUUAAAAUUUGCUGUAUUUACAAAGGAGUUGACGGCACUCUUCAAAAACUUGAUCCAGAAUAUGAACAACAUAAUAACCUUUCCACUGGACAGUUUGCUGAAGGGAGAUCUAAAAGGAGUUAAAGGGGACCUGAAGAAACCUUUUGAUAAAGCUUGGAAAGACUAUGAGACAAAAGUGACAAAAAUAGAAAAAGAGAAAAAGGAACAUGCUAAAUUGCAUGGGAUGAUCCGUACAGAAAUAAGUGGGGCUGAAAUAGCUGAAGAGAUGGAAAAAGAGAGAAGGUUCUUCCAGUUACAAAUGUGUGAGUACCUGUUGAAAGUCAAUGAAAUCAAGAUUAAAAAAGGAGUUGACUUGCUUCAAAACCUUAUCAAGUAUUUCCAUGCACAGUGCAACUUCUUUCAGGAUGGUCUGAAAGCGGUUGAAAGCCUCAAACCUUCGAUAGAAAAGCUCUCCACAGACCUUCACACAAUCAAGCAAGCACAAGAUGAAGAAAGAAAACAAUUAAUUCAGCUUAGGGAUAUUUUAAAAUCUGCACUUCAAGUUGAUCAGAAAGAGGAUUCUCAGCUCCGUCAGAGUACCACGUACAGUUUACAUCAGCCUCAGGGAAAUAAGGAGCAUGGCACGGAAAGAGAUGGGAGCCUCUAUAAGAAAAGUGACGGAAUCAGAAAAGUGUGGCAGAAGAGGAAAUGCACAGUUAAAAAUGGUUUCCUUACCAUUUCCCAUGGUACAGCAAACCGGCCUCCUGCAAAGCUCAAUCUGUUAACUUGCCAAGUGAAAACAAACCCAGAAGAGAAAAAAUGUUUUGACCUCAUAUCACAUGACAGAACGUAUCAUUUCCAAGCAGAGGAUGAACAGGAUUGUCAAAUCUGGAUAUCUGUGCUACAGAACAGUAAAGAAGAAGCUUUAAAUAACGCAUUCAAAGGCGAUGACAACACAGGAGAAAAUAACAUUGUCCAAGAACUGACAAAAGAAAUCAUCUCUGAUGUGCAGAGGAUGCCUGGAAAUGACGUGUGCUGUGACUGCGGAGCACAAGACCCUACAUGGCUCUCAACCAAUCUGGGCAUUUUAACUUGUAUCGAGUGCUCAGGAAUCCAUCGAGAGCUUGGUGUCCACUAUUCCAGAAUGCAGUCACUCACAUUAGAUGUGCUGGGAACAUCUGAACUGCUGCUCGCCAAGAAUAUUGGGAAUGCAGGAUUUAAUGAAAUUAUGGAAUUUUGCCUUCCUGCAGAUGAGAUAGUCAAACCGAAUCCAAGCAGUGAUAUGAAUGCAAGAAAAGAUUAUAUUAAUGCCAAAUAUAUUGAAAGAAAAUAUGCAAGGAAAAAAUACUCUGACACUGCAGCUAAGCUACAAAGUCUCUGUGAAGCGGUCAGAACAAGAGACAUUUUUGGACUGCUUCAAGUAUAUGCUGAUGGUGUGGAUCUAACUGAGAAAAUUCCACUAGCAAAUGGACAUGAACAAGAUGAAACUGCCCUUCAUCUCGCAGUAAGAUCAGUGGAUCGAACCUCGCUUCACAUAGUGGACUUCUUGGUGCAGAAUAGUGGAAAUCUCGACAAGCAGACGUGCAAAGGCAGCACAGCUCUCCAUUACUGCUGUUUGACCGAUAAUGUUGAGUGCCUCAAACUAUUGCUGAGAGGGAAAGCUUCCAUUGAAAUAGCUAAUGAAGCUGGAGAGACGCCACUUGAUAUAGCGAAACGCUUAAAACAUACACGCUGUGAGGAGCUGCUAGGCCAGGCCUUGGCUGGAAGACUUAAUUCCCAUGUUCAUGUAGAAUACGAAUGGCGGCUACUUCAUGAAGACCUGGAUGAAAGUGAUGACGAUGUGGAUGAAAAGUUACAGCAACCAAGCCCCAAUCGAAGAGAGGACAGGCCUGUCAGUUUCUACCAGCUAGGAUCUGGCCAACUUCAGCCAAAUGUGGCAUCUUUGGCAAGAGAUGCUGCCAACAUAGCCAAGGACAAGCAAAGGGGCUUCAUGCCCAGCCUCUUGCAGAACGAGACCUAUGGAGCUAUACUCAGCAGCAGUCCUCCUCCCACCCAGACUCUGGCUUCUGUCACAAAUGCACCGCCCUUGCCUCCCAGGAAUGUUGGAAAAGGUAUCCUUUCUUCAGCACCACCUCCAGUUGUGAAGACAGCCAGUGUGCUGGAAGCUUUGAGCCACCAAUCAAAACAGCCAGCUGCACUACAAUCCAAACCUACGCCACCCCCACUUCCUCCCCAGCCUCCAAGCAGAAUUUCUCAGAAAAAGCCUGCUUCUGGGACUGACAAGUCAUCCAGCUCAGCUAACAAGGGGCAGAACAAAGGAGCUGGAUCUUCGCAGCAGUCUUGUGUAUCAGGAGAAUCUUCGUCUGUGUCCGAGAUGCCCGCAUCACAGGUUACCCCUUCUGCAAACAUGUCUGUACCGAUCCAACCUCCAGCUCCAAUGCCAAGGAAAUCCCAAGCAUCAAAAACAAAACCCAAAAGAGUAAAAGCAAUUUACAACUGUGUAGCAGAUAAUCCAGAUGAGCUAACAUUUUCAGAGGGGGAUAUCAUCAUAGUUGAUGGUGAGGAAGAUCAGGAGUGGUGGAUUGGACAUAUUGAUGGUGAACCUAACCGAAAAGGAGCUUUCCCUGUAUCGUUUGUGCACUUUAUUGUUGACUAAACAACUCCUUGCACAUGGAAAGACUUUCACUUACAGAGUUUGUCGAGAGCCUUUUGACAGAUGUAUUACGAGGAUUGUUCUUGAUGAACACUCAUCAAUGUCAACCAUUAUUGCAAGUCUUACGAUGAAAUUAGGAUUUUCUGUUUGCCCAUAGGAAGUCUGGUUUAUAAUACCAGAUGAAUUGCAAAUAUUCUCAUGGUGAACUAGAGAGCUCUUAAAAACAUCAUAUAGUAGGAGCCCAAAUCCAUGAAAAAGGUGUGAUGCCUAUUUCAUAUGUGUGUUGACAUCAGAUCCUUAAAAGAAUUUCUCCAGAGCCUAGGUAUCACAGCUUCUCCCUUUAGCAAUCAGAGACAUUUCU